UAACUUCAGUAACUUAGCUAACAUUAAUAACUGAGCUAAGUUCAGUAACUUAACCUAAAUAACUUGGCUAACGUUUAUAACUUAGUUAACUUUAGUAACUUAGUUAACUUUAGUAACUUUGUUAACGUCAAUAACUUAACUUAAACAACUUAAAUAAAAGAGUAAACUUUGAGUAAAUCCAAGAUGUCUGAGGACGUGUUCACCCUGGACGAGUUGUUGGAUUUAUCCAUCGGGACACCUCAGGGAACCGUGAACUUCACCGCCCUCCACGCGCUGCUCCACGCGCUGCUCCGGCAGCUGGGGAUCCGGGAGCUGAAGACCCGCUGGAGGGACUCUCCCUCCGGCCGCACUGCGGGGGGUGUCCCCGGUCCCGCAGAGGUGGGACCGCUCCAGGUGGAGGGGGACGUGGAGCAGCUCCAGGAGCGGGCCGCCUCAGACCCGGGCUCCUCACCCGGCACCGAGCUCCAGGAGCGGGCCGCCUCAGCCUCAGACCCGGGCUCCUCACCCGGCGCCGCGGCGGCGGAGGACGAGAAGCUCCGGUCCCGCAUCCAGAGCUGCGAGGACGGUGUGUCCGAGGCCAUGAGGCUCAUACAGGAGCUCCAUGAGCAGAAGGACGUCCUGAUGGACGAGGUGAACGAGCUCCACCAGCAGCAGAAGAUGUUUGCGGAGACGGCCGCUGCUGUGGAGACAUGCUGCCACUGUGUGGACGACCUGGACGAGUCUCUGAAAAUUCUGAGGGACUCGUUUCACAAGUGUCCAGAGCCUGAGGAGCUGAGAGGCUGCGUGACCUGGGACGUGAUGCAGUCUGUUCUGCUCAGCGACACAGAAAACCUUCACAAGGAGCGUGUUGUUGAUGAGGCGGUCGAACCCGCACACACACCCCCCAACAUCAACCUCACCUCCGACCGCAGCACCUCCUCCUCCCCUCGCUCCGUCAACGACACUGUCAGGAAGGCAGCUCCUCGUUCUCCUGGGAUUUCUGGAGACAUCUUCCAGGAAGAGUCGAGCACCCGGCCAAUCACAGGGAGCUCGUCGGUCCUGUCGGCGCCGCCUCAGCAGAACACAUCAACAUCCUGGAAGUCCAGAAACCUGGAGCUGUACUCAGACACGGUGGAGGCUCUGAGGAACGCCGUCAGACUGAAGGAGAAGUUCAACCGGCUGGAAGCUCGUGUGGCGGCGCUGGAGGAGGGAAAGGUGGACCAGACACAGCUCACUCCGCUCAGGGACGCCAUCACCAACAAAGGUUUUCAGGAUGUGUCUAAAAACCUGAUGGAUCAACUGAACCAGCAAACAGCUUUGAUAAGCAGCCUGAAGAGUGAUCAGGAGAAGAGCGAGGAGCUGGUGACCGAAGUGAAGACCACGAUGCUUCAGCUUCAGGCCGAGUGUGAGAACCUGCAGGAAACCACCAGGAGUCUGCAGGAGGACAGCCGACAGAUGCAGAGCCACAUCGAGACAGCUGACAGAUGUGCUCUGGACAACAAAGUGAGUCGUCUGCAGUUUGACUCUGUGACGGAGCAGCUGAACACCAUGUUCCACGAGCUGCUGCACAAAGUGACGGGGCAGGAGCAGGACUGGCACAAGGUCGUGGACAAACUCUCCACUGAGAUGGAGCACAAGCUCAACAGGAUCGAGUUGGACUCUGUGAAGAAGCAGCUGGAGGAUCGAUGGAAGAACAUCCACGAGAAGCUGCAGACUCAGGGAGCUCCAGAACACGACGACGCUGCCGGCAUCAGGAAACAACUUGUGGACAGAUUUCACUGCCUCUCCUGUGACCGACCUGUCGUCAAGCACACGCCCGGACCGUACGUGGUGACGCUGCCCUCCACUCCAGCCUUCCCCUCACACAAGUCCAUCCGGCCGUUCACUGUCUACGCCCUGGAGCAGGUUCGACAGCACUACAGGAGCGAGCGCUUCACAGAGACGACGGACUACAGUCACGUGACCAUGUCGCGGAGCUGCGGGGGCAGUCACACCGUCACCGCGGCCCACCAGCGCCGCAGCGGCCUGCCGACCAUGAAGCACCACAGCCAGCCGGAGGUGGACGGUGGGAUUCAGGUGUCGGAGGAGGUAGACAUCCUUGGAAUGGACGGACACAUUUACAGAGGACGCCUGAACGGCCCAAACAUCAGAAGCACAGAAACUAAACUCCCUAGGAUCUCCACCAGAGACGGUCUGAAGACGAGAGACAGAACCAAAAGUUCACCGUCACACAAAGCUGCUGCUUCUCCAGAGGGAGGAGACAACACAGCACCUCACAGUGUCAGGAGCCGCUCAGCCUCCAGCAGCUCGACUCGUGAUUGGCGGCUGUCGACUCUGGGCUGCUCGUCUCAGAGCUCCAUCACAGCACCGAGAAGCUCAGAGGCUGCAGACAACAAGCAGGGCGACCUGUAGGGGGCGACACUGAGUCUGUACUGUUUCACCUGUGUAAGGAACUUCUGUAGGUAGGACGCCACCUACUGGAGGUAACAGGCUUUACUUUAUUGAGCUUGGUUCGUUGUGGAAACACACAUUUAGUUUUUUUAACUUCUGUGAUCAGCCACUUCGAAUAUUGUUAAAAAUAAAAAUAAUAAUUUGUAAUUUAAUAAAGUUGAGUGUAAAUUGUAUCACGUCCUGUUGCUCCAGAGGAUUUUUAAUCAUAAUGCAUGAAACAUAUUUCAUUCAGAGUUUAAGUUGCCAGAACAUGUUUUCAUUCAAUUAAAAGCCAAACACAACUCUAUAAAAUCUAUUUAUCACAUUUAUUCUUGAGGUAGUUGAUGUGUUGAGCUGCAGCAGAGACACUGAUCCAUAAACAUCAGAGCUGUUGUGGGGCCAGUAAACCUGGAGGUUGCGUAACGCAGGGAAACACAACACAAGCUACGACGUUCACAUCCUGUUCACAGCACCAGCAGCAGGAAGGUCGCGGGGGGGUGAGUGAGGCUGAAAGCAGAAGUCGUCACAGAGGAGGAAGGAACAAAGUGUUUCCUGUCAUUGAAGAAUUCACUUUUAUGUUGAGUCUAUUUCUGUGGCGUCAAUGUUCUCAUUCUGCUUCUGGGAGAUCAGAUUCUCUCUGGUGAGAAUUCUCAACGUUUAAAUGACGACUAGAAACUUUCAGAUUAAGACUUAACAUUAGAAAAUCAUGAAGAUUAAAAGCCACAGAUACAGAUGAAACCCUCAGACGUUACUCUAACGUUACUCAAUAAAAUACAGAACUCAAGUAAAAGCACAGAAGUGUUGGCAGCUAAUAAGCUUCUGUUUAAUUCAUUUACAGCCCCUCGGAGGGUUUCAAAGAAAAGGCUUCAAAAUCAUUUGGUGAUAAAAAU